AUGGGCGGCCAGCGUGUGGACGAGGGAAAUGCGCUGUCUUACCCACCCAUUGAAGGUGCAGAUGUUCAGCCUGCGUCGGUAUCCGCUCCGUCUAUGGCCACAUCGCCGCAGUAUUCUCAGCAACCACUGAGCCAUGAUCAUCAAGGCCAGCUCACUGCCACGGUCAACAGCACAGCGUCUAGGAAGCAACGCAAGGGCGGAAACAGACGCCAUAUCAAGAGCACAGUCAACAUCGUUGCCGAACCCCACCACACAAAGUUGGGGUUCUUCGCUGGAAUGACCAUCGCGCAAAUAUUCAGGCCUGGAAACGGCAUCGAUAUCGAUACCUUCUUCGGCGCUAAGGCGUUGUACAUCGCAGCGCAUAUCCCCUCACCGAAGAGAGUUGAGGCAAUGAUCAACGAGAAGCAUCAGGCGGAGAACAGCACGGAUGAGGAUCUGGUCAAAGAAAAGCUUUUCGACAAGCGGCUCGCGGGUGCUCUCAACCACAAGUUCGGCCCGGACAACCUCCAGCGCUCGAAAGACGCACUGAAGCUUGCUCAGAAGACCGAUCAAGCUCGUCAAAACUAUAUUGCCAUGCUGGUAGCCGAUGACAGCUCUGAGCUCAACCCGAUAAGCAUCUGCACAUAUGCCGGCUGCCCCGCAAAACACGCGCGAGCACAAGCAUCCCAGAGUCGUUCGAGUGCCUCAACUCCUGCCGCAUCAUCGUCCGCCAUUGCCUCUGCCACCGGUGUCGGUCCUGGGCCAGCCUCUAUGGGCGAGACAAGCAGCGAGGAACAGAUGAUUACGUCUUACGCGGCGGCCGCCGAGACAGUUGGUGGCGCAUCGUCACGCCUCCACAAGCGUGCUCACGAUACACAAGGCUCUGAUACGAGCUGCGAGACAUUGAGCAGAGCUGUUUCGAAGCGUCGCAAGUUGAGUGAUGAGAAUGCUGCACAUCGCGAGCAGCAGCAAGGAGAGUUUCGCGCUCAGCCUGAUAGGCUGACGACGCUCGCUGCUAGCAACCACAACAACGAGAGCUCAUUUGUUCCCAACCAUCAUUCGGAGGACCAAGAGGAGGUUGCUGGUAUUCAGAGCCAGCAUUUGCUGGGCAACUCUCACCUUGACCACGCCGAGGGUGCAGAGAGUCUAUCGGUGCAUCAAGGAAUUUCCGCAGCUGUCAGUCAUCAUUCAGCUCCAUCGACUCUUGCACAGCCAAUCGAUGCCGCAAGUGGAAUGGGUGUUGGAAUAGCCGAAGCAUCGAAGGGCCCUGAUCACGGGCAGCAAGACAUCGAGGACACCAUCACGCAAAUGGGUAGUGGGCUAUAUCCGAGCAUGGAGCCACCAACAUCGACAACUCCUUACUAUCAUGAGGGCCCAGCCGCCCUGAAUGAGUUUGCGCAAGAUGUCGACAGCAGUCUAGAAUUUGAGCAACAAGACAGCUUUGAUGCUGGCAAAAGCGGCCUGACACUAGGCGAGGAGCAUCUGCUGGGCAACAAUGGAACUACUACCCACCAGAUGGUUGACAGUGAGGGCAAUCGGGAGAGCUACAUGAGAGGCAACAAGUUCCAGCUGGAUCCAGAGCUCGACACGCUUGGGCAUUCUGAAGAGGGAGGCGAUUCCAUUACCCUCUGA